GCCGAAAUGUCCAAGCGUAAUGUAGCUUUCAUUAAGCCGGACGAGCCAGAUUUUCUAAAAAGAAUGAAAGCUCAAAUCGGCUAUCGAGAAGGACCAUCGGUAGACGACAAGGGAGAAGCAAUAGAAAACUUCGACGACUCUGAUGAUGAGGAACAAGAGGAUGAAAAACCACAGGUGGUUGUAAUUAAAGAAGGCGAUUUAACGGAAGCGGAAGCUACACAAGCAUUCAAAGAGGAAAGCGAAAAACCAGCCGAUCUCAAUCAGAAGGUUGUAUUCAAAUCGAGAAAGCCCAAACCAGAUAAAAGUGAAGAACACCCAAAACCAAAGCCGGAAAACAAAAAGGAUAAAAAGGCAAAACAGAAACAGGAAAAGAGUAAACUGUCCUUCAACGAUGAAGAUGAGGAAGAGUACUAG